AUGGCUGCAGCAAUAGAAAUUGCUGGUUGGGCUCUUGCGAUAGUCAUACUCGCCGCAAUUGUCCUUUUAUCAGUCGUCGUAUACUUCCUCAUUCGAAAAAGAGUUACAAAAAGCAGAGCCUCAGUAGGAACACAAGAUGAUAUGGUCGCUUUGGAGAAGAGUGUUUCAUCUAGUAUUACUGCCUAUUAUCCAGUAAAGCCUCUGACAGCUUAUAGUAGUAAUGAUUGCAUUGUAACGGAAGACAAUGAGAAGAAGACUACUCAGACAAACUAUUUACCAGUUCAAAACAGGAACAGGCAACUUAACAACAGUAAAAAUGCAGAUGCAACAGCAUCCAUAUUACCCACUAUUGCAUACGGAUCCUCAUCGGACAUUGGAAUGUCUACAACUGUGCGUUCUGAUGAAAAAAGUUCCACUCAUGAUUUUGAACAAGAUGAUACAAUUUGUGACAGUACAGUAAUUCAAUUAACUGAUCCUUUUAAAGAAGAAGAUACAGUCUCAACAGUCUCGACCAACGACACGUCCUUGGCAUAUCAGACAAAUGAACAAUAUCACUUUAAAGCCUCAAAAGGCAAAGAUUUCAAAUUCGAACUUCCACUACCACCUCCCAGUAGUUCCUUAUUUGCAGAUAAAAUGGAAUUAAAUUCUGACGAGGCCGAUGAAUUAUAUCACUCCUAUUUUAGUAUUUCGACUCAACAACAGCAAGGAGGUGGUGAAAUGCUUGCAGAUGACAGUAAUAAUACUAGGGCUUUCUUAUCAGCUGCAGCUGCUACUAUUCAACAGAAAGCAGCAACUAUUCGAAGUAAUUUAAGACAAUCAAUAAGACGAAAGUCUACUGUGGAAAAUAAGUCGCACGCACCACUGAGUGAACUGUUCAAUAUUCAUGGUAGCACUGUCAGUCACGAUAAUUAUAGUCAAGGUAGUAACAGCAGCGCUAGCCAUAAAACAUCUGAAGCAGCAAACUGUAUAAGUUUUAACGACAGCGGGAGUAGUGUCAAUAUGAGUCGACGGCAAUCUUCAUCCACCACAGUUUCAGCACAACAACAGCCCCGAAAUUCUCUACAAGCUACGUCUGUUUUCACAGCCUCUUCAUCGACGCAUUUCUUGACACCGCCGGUACCGUCUACGGCGACUAUCCUGUCAGAUAAAUGUAGCACUCACAGUAGUAACUACACCGACCCUCACGACAGCAGAAAAUUAAGUGUGAUUAGCUCUACUGCGAAAGGCUAUCUGUCUUCUGCUUACAAUAACUAUGCCAAUAAAAAUGCAAAGAAAGAAUUAGGGGAGAUCACCGACGAAUCGAAUAGUAGUAAUAAAAUUAUGAUAGAGGAUGAAACAAUAUCACAACCAAUUCAGCAACAAAAGCCAUUUUGCAAUCCAUGUGCGGCUCCAAGUUUGUCAGCGCCACAACACUCAACUACUACAGAAUCAGAAGACAACACGCAUUUCGCUAACAAUAAGGACGAAGCAGCUACUGAACACCUUUCUCAGCCUUCCUCAGAAAUAGUACAGCAACAAGAAACAACUUCAGCAGCAGCUUCAGCCGCUUCAGCCGCUCGUAAAGUGAUUCGCUCUGCUUCCCGAAAGUCACAGAAGACUCGAUCGAUGAUCAUUGACGCUACUACUACAGAGCCCGACUAUCAAACUGAAUACCUCAUGCUUGAACAUGUCUCUUCAGCCCAUCAUCAUAAUGGCAAAUAUCAGGAUACUAUCUCGCAAAACCGAUCAGAUUGUACAAAAGCCAUCGAGCCGGUAUCAAGUCCCAAAAACUCAGCAGUGAUGACUGUGGGACGUGCAUUUGGCAAGGCUAGCAAUAAUAAUAAUAACUAUAGUAGCAAAAUAACCGAUGCACGACCACUAAAUGGCAUCUUCAUACCUGCAAGGUCUCCGCAAGAUUUUCCUUCGCCGCAGCUGUCAACAGCAAACGGUAAAGCGGCCCAAAAUGAAUAUCAGACUCGAACGGGCCAUGUAGAAGUAUCUACCUCUCACCCUUCAUCUGAUACUUCCAAAUCAUCCGCAACUGAUCUCCACAACAAACUUGCAGAGAUAGCUGACAGCUCAAUUGAUGACAAUUCUUACUCACCAACCUCGCCAACCUCACCAAUUUAUUCGAAAGGGCUUCUUUCUUCGGACAGUUCAUCCAGAUAUAGCACGCUACAGCUACGAAAUAGUAAUAUUGCUGCUAGUAGUAGCAAUGUUGAUACCAUUAGAAAAAUGCUGCAGGCCUCAUGGAGUAAUAGUGAUGUGAAAGAAAGUGGAUCAUCCUUUAGUCUGGCAUCGUCAACAUCGUCGUCAACACAAACCGCUCGUCAAAGUAGUAGUAGUAGUAAUAGGAACAGUACCAAUGCUUAUCCGAUGGAUAGUCUGGGCUCAAUAAUUAACAAUAGCCGACAAGUUGCAUCGCCCAUUGGUAGUUUAAACCCACGAUUGCAGAAUAAGCAUUUGGUUUCACUAUCCUUAAGGUUAAACAGUUCUCCGCAACAGCAACAAUUGGCAACAUCCAGCGUUACUCGUCGACCUGCUAUGCCAGCAGCAUUUUAUAAGAGCAAUAGCAACAAUAAUUGGGACUCAAGCAUGGCAGAUGAGGAAGAAGGACUUGAAGGGCCAAUGCCGACAGCCUCUUUUUCUUCCUCUACUGUCCGUACUAUGAUACCUGAAGAUGAGGUAAUUACAGAGCAGCAACAAUAUACAGCAAAAGAGAAACUGAUACAGCAAGAAAGAGCAGGUUCGACUAUAAGAAACUCAACAAGACCCAUUAACAACAAGUCAAAAACUAUCAAAAGUACAGAGGACGAUAAGCGGAAGAAAAAUCAUAAUAAAAAGACACCUGCCCAGCAAGAACGUGAAAAAUACCUUAGAUCGCUUAAGGCUCAAAGCUAA